AUGAGAGCAUUACCACAAAAGUUUGAUUACAUAGUGGUUGCAAUAGAAGAGUUGAAAGAUCUUUCCAAGAUGAAGAUUGAAGAGCUUCAGAGUUCUUUAGAAGCACAUGAAAUGAGAAUGAUUAAUAGUAAUCCCAUCAAGAAUGAUGAACAAGCCCUGAAAGUGCAUCAUUCCAGAAAUGACGAGAAGAAGAAGCAAAAGAAGUGGAAAAAGGAAAUGUAUAAAAGGAAGUUGGAAGAUUCUGGAUGUUCAAACCAUAUGACAUGCCAUCAAGAAUGGCUGAUUAAUUUUGAUGCUACGAAGAAAAGUAAAGUGAAGAUUGUCGACGAUAGUACUUUGAAGGUGGAAGGAAUGAGAGAUGUUGUGAUUCGAAGGAGAAAUGGUUCCCAUGUUGUAAUCAUUGGUGUACUACUUGUUCCAGCCAUGAAGUGCAAUUUAUUAAGCAUUGGUCAGUUGAUUCAAUGA